CUUGCCGUGACCACACACACACACACGUAGCAGCACCAUCUGCUCGACUCGAGCUGCUCGAGGAUACCACCAUCAUCACACAUCAUCAAUCUUCUCUCUCCCACCUCUGCGAGAAUGGCGGAGCCCAUAAACUCUCCGGCGAGUCUUCUUUGAUUUUCCGGUUAUGUAAGUCUCGGAUCUCUCUCUCCGUGUUAGUGUGAAGCUCAAAUUAGUUCGAUCUACUGCAUUGCACAGCAGCAGAAGUCCUUCGUUCACCAUCACAGAAAGAAGAGACAGGGAGCGGGCGAGCGGAGGGGAGACACACCACACCCACCCCACCAUGACCUCCACCACAGUGGCGCACACUCCGGUGAGCACCAUCACCAACUGUGAGAGGCGCAGAUCUUGGUAGAGAGAGGCGUAGAUCUUAACAGCUGCGACGACGGAGCUCGGCUGCCAUUCCAACGACAGAGAGGAAGAGAGAACGAUAUUAUCGAUAAUAUCACAAUAUUUUAACGAAAACUAAUUGGAUAACCAUUAAAAUAUUAGUAACGCGAAAAAUCGAUAAUAUCCGCGAAAGCAAUAAUAUCGGCGAAAGCGGGGUUUUUUCAGUACGCACACGCUUCUUUCCUUCUUCUUUUCUUCAUUCCUGUACGCUCUCUGCAACAGAAGCUGUAUCAGGAGAAGCAAGCAUGGCGUCACUCUCUUACACGCGCCUCCUCUCUCUCCUCUCCCUCUUCAUCCUCCUGUUCCUCUUCUCCCACCUGUCCUUCUCUCCCUCCUCCGUCCUCGCCGCCGACUCCCAAUUCGAAGGAUUCGACGAUGGCGACGAAAUCGAUGACGCCGACGACGACGACUCCUCACUCCCUCUUCCCACUCGCACCCGCCCUUCCCUCACCACCACCUCCCAACCCGACCCGCCUCGCUCCCCUGAACCCUCCGUACCCGACACGGGUCCCAACCCGAUUCCCGAUUCGGAUUCUCCGUCCACCGAUCUUCCCAAACCUUCCUCCACCAGGUUCGAUUAUUGGGACGAAGACGAGUUCGAAGGCCUCCCCGUCCAACCGCAGCAGACACCGCCCCUCGACGACGCUGCAAUUACCGAAAAUGCCACUCCCUCCUCCGAUUCCGAUCCCAAACCCGCCGCCGAUCCCAAGCCCCCGGCAGCUCCGAGAUCCUUUGUUGUGGAGAUCGCGUGCGGAGGGUUCCUUAUCGUCUUCAUCAUCAACUACUUCACCGGGAAGCGGGUCAACGAGAAUAUCGCCCUAGCCUGGGCGGCGAAAUUCGCCACCAAGGACUCGAUUUUCGAGAAGAACUUCAGUCUUAUGGGCGUCGGAGACGGCGACGACUCGCCCUUGCUGUUGAAGGAAGGUCAGAACGUGUUCAAGUUCUACGCGAGUGGGCGGAGGUGCUGCCAGGGGCUUCUGGCGACGAUGGAGCUCAAAAGCCGCCACGAUUUGAUCUCCUCGAUUUUCAACUUGGUGGUCCCCAGUAGGGACGAGAUCAGUAUCGAGGUUUAUAUGAACGAUGAUGCGAUGGACCACGUGGUCUUCGCCUUGGCGAGGAAGAAGUCGGCCAAGGCAAUGCAGAAGGAGGUUGGGGACUUGCAGAAGUUUGCCGGGAUAGUGUCUCCGCCUACCGGAAGGAAGUGGGUUUCUGAGGACCUGGCGGUUAUCUCCGAAUCGAAGGAAGUGGCUGGUGAUUUGAUCACUGAGGCUGUGCUCGAACAGGUUUUUGGUGAUAAGGCUUUUCAGAAAUUUGGAAAGGGUUUCAUCUACAUGCAUUUUUCAGAUCAACAUCCAGGCUCGCGAAAGAAGAUGCUGUUGUUCAAGUUUGCCCUACCAGAUGCCGGUAACAUGGCUGAUAUGACUCGUCUGGUGGCCUUGGUACCUUAUUAUAUUGAUUUGAUCGGGCGCUACAAGCUAAGCAGUCAGGUUCGAUCCAAAACUGAAGCAAUCAGAUCAAAGGCGGCUCAAGAGGCUUACAAAGAACUCCAAAAUGCUAGGCAAGAAGCAUUGCAAAGAAAGAAGGCAGAGCGGAAAAAGAUGAUGGAGGAGGCCGAGGCUAAGCUCAGUGCAGAUAGUAUUCGCAAGAGAGAAGCAAAAGAGCGUGCUCGACAGAUGAAGAAGGCAAUGCCGAAAGUAAAAAUGACCCGUGCUAGCUAGUUCAUGAUACUACUCGUCAUUUCUUUCCUCUUCAUCCUCGUUUUAACAUCUCAUGGUACCUUAGCCGAGUCAUGCCCGCCAUAAGUUUUGGUUCCGCCCCCUCGCGGCCUUGUACUGUAACCGUCUGAAUUCGUUCGACUCUAACGUUACAACACGAGUAGGUUUUGAAUCUGUACCAAAAUUCAAUGCUGCCGGAACUCCCCAGCAUUUCUUUGUCGACAUUUUCCGAAGCCACUGUUGUUACCUCGUCUUUGCGGGUUUUCAGGAGUUGUACCUAAGUUCAUUUCUGCAUAAACUCUUACGAAGGUAUUUCUUUACCGAAAAGUGAAUAAUUGGAGCAGAAAAACUGUUUUUGAGAUAAA